AUGGCGACGGCAUCGACGACGACAACGAAACCGUCACCCCACAAGAUCGAGCCGCGUUCCACACAUGUCUCCGACAGUAGCAUUCAGCCAUUCCUGCAGCUCGAUUUCGACCCAGCAGACUACCUUAACACCGCGCUCCCGACCCUGUCAACCUCCUCUACUCCGAUCAGAGGAGUGCAAGCUGUCCCUUUGGCCGAUUUGUCUGCCCAGCUGCAGACGCUGCUGUCGCAACUCAAUGUUCAGACUUCGAGGCUUKCCAACUCUUUGACGCAGCUCRCGGAUGAGAUUAUACGGAGCGGCAGUCGACUGGCCUACGAGGUGGAAGUACUUAGAGGAGAGACUCUGGGACUCACUGAUACGUUGGAGAACGAGCUGAAAAAAGACAUUGAAGCACUCGCGCCACGGAGCGUGGACGACGCACAUCGGAACGCUCGUAGGGGAGUGGCAGCUGAGGAUAGCCACCACGUCGGAGGCGCUACGGCGAACAUAGUGGAUGAUACUGCCGCACCGGAGCCCGAGUUCUUAGAUCGGCUGCGCACAUUGAGUACAGUUCGUGGGCGUUUGGAAGCGGUCAUCAAGACGUUCGGCUCUGCGAUGCAGUGGCCCAUCGCUCCGUCCGAGUUGUCAUUGACGUCGUCGCUGAUAUCCGUCUCCGCGCCAGAAAGCGGUGAGGACAACCGGAGCCGCGAAGAGAAGGGCAAGGAAUUUGCGGACAGCCUUCGCAGCGAGAUCAAUGCCCUCCUUUCAACCGGCUCCGAGGGUCUAGAAGCGGCCAAUGCGCGAGUCGAUGAACUGCGGGCACUGGCAGAUGUUUGGAAAGGCACGGCAGAAGAAAAAGCGCGUCUCAAGCUCGUCGAUUCUCUGCAGAAACUCGUUGACAGCAAGGAGAGAACUGUUGGCAGAACCAACGGCCCCAAUACGAGGAGGCCCGGAGUGUCGCCUGCGCGCGGCUAUGAUUUGAGGUAUGGAAACGCUAAUUCCUCGCAGCUGACCAGCGAGGGUGGAAGCGGAUACGGUUUCCUGCACAACCUAAGGAACCAAAUGUACGUCGACUGA